CAUUAUAAAAGAAAUGAUUAAAUUACCGAAAAUUAACCGAUGAUCUGAAUGAACAUAGUGGAAAUAAAAAAUAAUAUUGCCACGAAAUAAUAAAUCAUGCGGACCUUUAAAGAAAAUUCAUCGUUUGAGUUCUAACAAAAAAAUAGACGCAAAUGUUCAAUUUACGAAAAUCUAGAACCCAAGCGAAAUUGAUUGUGAUAUUUGCGUUUAUAUUUCUUCUGUACAAUGAAUUCGUUGUUUACAUUCUUACGUCGAUCGACUGGCCUCCCUUUAUGCAGUGCGGUGCUCGGAACAAAAAUUGCCUGAAAGUACUAUUCGUAGCCGAUCCUCAAAUAAUAGGAGAAGUGCACGAAGAUAAAUGGUUCAGUGGCGUAGCUCGCUGGGACAGCGAUAAUUUCAUCAAGAAGAAUUUUGAAUUGGCCGUUGAAAAAUUUAAACCUGAAGCAGUAGUAUUUUUAGGCGAUGUAAUGGAUGAAGGAAGCAUAGCUGGGGAAGAGGAAUUUUCAAGAUAUUUAUCUCGUUUAAAAUCGAUUUUUCUAGAGAAUGAUAAAUUACAAUAUAUUUGGAUUCCUGGAGAUAAUGAUAUAGGUGGUGAAGGAUUUGAAAAAGUUUCUGCAAGUAAAUUGCUACAAUUUCAUGAUACCUUUGGUCAUGAAAAUCCUGUUCCUUUAAAUGGGAUUAAUUUUAUUAAAGUAAAUCGUUUGAUUCAUGAAAAGCCGCAAGGAAAAUGGACUGAGAAACUUAGUAAUCGCACCAAUGUAGUGAUAAGUCAUAUGCCCCUUUUGCUUGCUCCUGGUAUAUAUUCAAAAACAAUCAUCAACCAACUGAACCCAUCAGUCAUAUUUUCGGCACAUGAACAUAAAUCAUUUUCUAUAAAAAUGAACAAGUUUUUAAGUGGCCAAAAAACUGUAACUCAUAUCACAAAAGCAGAUAAAAAAGUUAAGAGGUAUCGAAUUGGGGGAGAUGUUAUACAUGAAUUUAUUGUACCUACUUGUUCAUACAGAAUGGGUGUUGAGGAAUCCGGAUUUGGAGCUGCAGUGAUAAAUGGAUAUGGGUCCUACCUAGAUUAUACAGUGCUAUGGUUGCCAUCUAGACUUCAGACUCUAAGGAACUAUUUGUACUUCACAUGCAUAUUAAUUAUUAGCAUUUUACUAAAUGCAUCUUGCCUCUGUUUCAGAAGAUUGAGAAGAUUCAAACUGAAAAGUAGGAGUUUGUCUAAUUAAUAUUUAAUUAAAUAAAUCCUUAUAACAGUAUUAAUAUCACUAUUUUGUAUAUUUGUAAUAAUUAACUUUGUAUUGAAUUAAAAAAUAAUAUAA